AUGAGCACGCUCCCGACUUGCCAGGACCAAGUCUUCAUGCACCACUGCGCUGGCGGCGGGUCUCACUUCUUCUCUUCUUCUCUUGUUUCUGUCUGGCAGCGAAACACUCUUCUCGACUAUGGUUCCUGGAGCAGCAAUGUACCGGAGAAAGCGUUCGUGGUCGCAAGCCAGAAAGGCGACAAUACCAGCUGGUUCGCAGAGCAAUUCCCGGACUGGGCGCGCUACAUCUACGUCGUCGACGACGCAACAGCAAGCCUAACCGUGCCGGCAAACAAAGGCCGCGAAGCCAUGGUCGACCUCACGUACACAAUCACCUUAGGUAUCCUAACUCCUCUCCCCUUCCCUAGCUUCCUCAUCGACAACUACGACGCCCUCCCAAACAGCAUGCUCUUCCUGCACGCGCAACGCUACCAAUGGUACAACGACGACCCCGACUACGACGGCGCCUACAGCUGCCGCACCUGCGCUGCGCCUGGGUGCUCGGCGGUGGCUGCUGGAAACGGAGCUGGAGGACGCGAUCAGUGGCCGCUUGCUCGAGUAUAG